AUGCGGGAGGCCUCGGAGCCGGAGGAGCCGGAGCCCGGCUGCGAGGCGCCCUUGCGCUGGGUGCGCCACGACGCGCCAGCCCGCCGGGGGCAGCUGAGGCGCCUUCUGGAGCACGUGCGCUUGCCACUGCUGGCACCGGUAUACUUCCUGGAGAAGGUGGAGGCUGAUGAGCUGCUGCAGGCCUGCGGCGAGUGCCGUCCCCUGCUGCUCGAGGCCCGGGCCUGCUUCAUCCUGGGUCGAGAGGCCUGUGCAUUGCGGGCCCGGCCGAGGAGAUUCAUGGAUCUUGCUGAAGUGAUCGUGGUCAUCGGUGGUUGUGACCGCAAAGGUCUCUUGAAGCUGCCUUUCACUGAUGCCUACCACCCAGGGAGCCAGCGCUGGACCCCUCUGCCCAAUUUGCCUGGUUACACACGUUCGGAGUUCGCUGCCUGUGCUCUUCGCAAUGAUGUCUACGUUUCUGGAGGCCACAUCAACAGCCGGGAUGUGUGGAUGUUUCGCUCCCAUCUGCACACCUGGAUCAAGGUAGCCUCACUACACAAGGGCAGGUGGAGACACAAGAUGGCAGCAGUGCAGGGGCAGCUGUUUGCGGUGGGCGGCUUCGAUGGCCUGAGGCGGCUGAGCAGUGUGGAGCGCUAUGACCCCUUCUCCAACACCUGGGCUGCCACUGCACCCCUGCUGGAGGCUGUGAGUUCUGCGGCGGUGGCACCCAGCACAGGCCAGCUCUUCGUGAUUGGGGGUGCAAGUCAGGAUGGCGUUAACACCAACAAGGUGCAGUGCUUUGACCCCAAGGAAGACCAGUGGAGCUUUCGUUCACCAGCACCCUUCUCACAGCGGUGUCUUGAGGCUGUCUCCCUUGAGGACACCAUCUAUGUGGUGGGGGGCCUCAUGAACAAAAUCUUCACCUAUGACCCUGGCACAGAUGUCUGGGGGGAAGCAGCUGUCCUCCCUAGCCCUGUGGAGAGCUGCGGAGUGACUGUAUGUGACGGGAAGGUCCACAUCCUUGGUGGGCGGGAUGAUCAUGGGGAGAGCACCAAUAGAGUCUUCACCUUUGACCCCAGCAGUGGGCAGGUGGAGGCCCAGCCAUCCCUGCAGCGCUGCACCAGUUCCCAUGGCUGUGUCACCAUUGUCCAGAGCCUGGGCAGGUGACUAAGACAGGAGAUAGGGAGACCUGAAGCACACCAUUCUGCUCCCCUCUUCCUGAAAACAGCCCCUUAACUUAUUGCCCCCUUUUCCUGUAGAAAUAAAACCUUGCUCAAACUUUGGGUCUGUAUCCCAGCUCAGGCCCCGUUUUCCUGGAGAAGCCAAUCCUCAGUAUCUGCUCCCAGCUUUUAAUGUUCACAGACACUUUCCUACCAUCAUAGUCUCUGUGUGGGCUGCUGUAACAAAAUACCUUAGACUAAGUGAUUUAUGAACAGAAAUUUAUUUUUUAUAAUUCUAGAAGCUUGACAGUCCCAAAUCAGUGGGUAAGGGCUAUGCUUUGUUAACAGUGUUUUUUGCUGUGUCCCCCACUUGGCAGAAGGAAGCAAGGCAGCUCCCUUCAGCCUUCUGUAAGUUAUGAAUCUUAUUUAUAAGGGCUCUACCCUCAUUUCUGAAAUAGCUUAAUCACUUCCUCCCAAAAGCCUCCCUUGUGUGUGUGUGUGUGUGUGUGUGUGUUUUGUGUGGCCUUGCCUUUUAAUACUGCCACAUCAUGUUAGGUACCAACAUAGAAAUUUGGGAGGGACACCAACAUUCAACCAUACCAUGCCCAUUACCUCAUUUACUUUCUUUCUUUUUUUUGGUACCAGGGAUAGAACUUGGGACCUUGUG